AUGCACCGUGUUUUGAGUUUUCAAAUGGGACGAGGUUUUGGAGAACCGACUGAAUUUAUAACAAAACGCAUGUGUUGCUCUUUAUUAUUUUCUAUAGGAUUUUUAUGUUUACUUUGUGGCUUUCUCAUUGGACGUUUUGCCGCAGGACAAGUACUUGAAAUACGUGCUGAAAAAAAAAAGAUUGAACUGUUUGGCAAUGGCCUUGAAAGUCGGGAUUACUUGAGAAAUGAAUUAGUGCAAAAUUUAAAAGAUUCAAACUUUACUGAAUCUUCACUUGAUGUCAGACACCUGAGGAAUAAUAAAGCCUUGGAGACUGUUGAAAAAUCACUCUCAGGGUUGAAUAUUUUUAAUAAAGUCACCGGAAAUGAUAGUUGUGUUAUUGCUACAGUACGAGGAUCUCAAGAGCCAGAUAGAUAUGUUGUAUUGGGGGCUGACAGUGAAAACAUUGGUAUUGGAAUAUCGAUAGCUAAAGCAUUUCAACGUAUAUAUAAUGAGCACGAAUGGAUACCAAGGAGAACUUUAAUAUUUCUCAUCUCUGCUGAUUAUAUGGACUCUUGCUUUAAUUCAUUGUCGAAUUAUGAUCAAUCAAAGAUUGUUGCUUACUUGGCGAUCGAUAAAAAUCCUAUUGAUGGAGACGGUUUUUUUCAAACUUCAGGAUCUGACAUGGUACUUACAACAGUUCUAGAAGCAUCUCAGGAUUAUUUAACAUUUAAAAAUAAAAAUGAUGUUAAAAACCUGCAACGUUUAAAACUUUUAAUUCCACAUACUUUGUUGUCGUUUCAUCGAAUUGAUAAUACCUCAGCUUUAAAAGACAAUGAUGACAUCAACAACUUACAUCGUAAAAAUUUAGCCCAAGUUUUGAGUACAAGUGUGUGGAGGCUUUCUGAGAUGACAAUCUUCCAAUGGGAUCCACUAAUUCUUAAUACAAAUAUAAAAACUCUAAACAAAUUUGAUUCACCAGACUCACAGGUGUUGAAAGAUCGCAUCAAAAACACAAUUAAAAGGAUAAUUAACGGUGGAAUUCUCCUUAAUAAAAAAAUUGACAAUCUUGAUAGGUUAAAGUCAUUAGAUAUAAGAAUGAUGAAUGAUUUUCUAAAAGAUUUAGAACAUGCUUUACUGUGCCCGGAUAAAAAUAAUCAAUCAAAAACGGAUAUAGCAUUAUUAGAACAACAAUCAACAGUUACAAAUAAUAAAAUUGACGACUAUUUGCAAGCUAUAUUAGCAUGUUACGAAGACGCUGAUAAAAUAUUACAAGAUAUGACUUGA